GUCGGACGCCGCCGCUAUUCUUGGCCGCCUGUCUCGCCUCUCCGGCAAUUCGCCGUUUCGGUCCCAGCCCUCGUCAUCGCCCUCGUCAUCGCCCGGCGUCUCUCUCCCUCAUCAAGAUCACCCGGCCGCCGCUUGCUGACGACAGCCCGUCCUCUGGCUCCCAUCUGGCUCCCCCUCCUUGGCCCAGAUCAUUUGUAUCCGUGCGUUUGCGCAUCUCGCUCCUAGCCGCAUCCGCCUUCUCGGCCAGCCGCCGUCGCUCCACAUCGCCCGUCCAAGCACCCCGAAAACUCCCCGAUGGAAUUCGAUCGAACUAUCGAGCGCCCUUCGACGCUCUCGCCGCGAACCCAAAGCGAGGCUCCCCGCAGAAAAGAAUGGAUCCCCAAACAUCCCAUCGCCAAGCUCGCUAUGGUCUGGACCAUCGCACAGCUGCUACUUGUCGCCAUCUUUGAGGGCAUUGUCAUCUCGAUCCACAACACCGAAAUCGCCCAGCAGCAGGCCGUUCUGCUGCCCACCACCGCCGGAUCCGACGCCGACAUUGUCAUGCGAAACUCGUACGCCAUCCGUGUCUAUGAGGCUCUCCUGAUUGCCUCGCAAGUCUUCCAGCUUCUGCUAGCUUUGGAUGCGGUCUGGCACGCCUCGUUUACCCAGCUUGCCUCUGCAGCUGCAUUCAGCUUUGGCACGAUGGGCUACUCGGCCAUCGCAUAUUAUCAAGGCGCGACCCUGACGAAACAGUACGACGAUAUCACCACCCUUUUCGCCAACAGCGGCGUUGCGCUGCAUCAAACCCACAUCUGGGAUAUUGUGGUCCUUGUGACCUUUGUCCUCUUCUGUACCGGCUGGGUCUUUAUUUGCAUCAAGCUCUAUCGCGUCUUUGGAUGGAGUGUGUUCAAGCAGCUCGGCGCCGAUAUCCAAGUUCGAGAGCGCCUGAAGCUCUACCACGUCUACAUGGUGCUGCUCAAGGUCGAUGUGUUCUUCUUUAUCGGUUUCUCGGCUCAGUUUAUCGCCCUUGUGCUUUCCAAUACCGGCAACCCCAUGGACUCGGUCAUUCACGGCUGCGUUGCCUUCCCUCUGACCAUUGGACUCCUGCUCGUUGCCUUCUACGCGGUAACGCUUGAAUCCUUCUGGCUGAUGAUGCUCACCCUCCUGGGACUGUCGGGCGGCAUCGGAUACAUCGUCUCCAAGCUCUAUGACGCCGCCACCAACGUCGAAAAGUACAUUGGUUCGCGCAACUCGCUGAUUUUCUUUGAAACGAUCACGUUGCUUCUGUGUAUCACUACAUUUGUGAUUGCCUUCCUCAACUACCGCAACUUUGGCAAGGGUCUGAAGGAGCAGCUCCGUGGCCGUGGUCAGAACGGCCGAGCCGUCGAAGCGUCCUACCGAAUGGAGGAUGCCCACGGACGUUACUAAGUCGAGCCCUGUCGAGUAGAACGCUGGCCUCGCUCUAUCCCCCCCCUCAUCCAUCAGUCUUUUUCUUGAUAUGGGUCUUAUUUUGCAAUCAAAGUGUCGAUUCAGCUUCAGUACAUUCGUUUUUCCACCACCCCACUCAAACGACAGCACAUCCCCCUUUCUCUCUUUCUUUUUCUUUUUUUGGCCCACUUUGAGAUGUAGUUUUAAGCAUCGGCGACAUGUUUUUCAUCAGAGUUUUUCUUCUAGACUCGUCCAUCACCACCAACUUUCCCCUCAGAUUCCGUACAUUCUAGUCCCUGAGCCAGACGUGCGCCAAGCGCCACGCGUAUGUCUUUUGCUUUGACCCUCGAGGUCGCCCCAACCCUUCUGGGACAUCGAUGCUAUUGUAGUUUUACAGCGCUCCCACUUUGAAACGGGACACCCUGUUUUGAGCCAGGACUGUUGGUUGUUUUUUCCGGUACCUGAAUACACCCCACCCGCUCAUCACAGCC